GACAAAAGAUAGACCCAAGAACAAAAUCCAAAGAUAAAAAGGGCAGAAAACCAAGACACCAAACCCUGUCUAUUAGUGAACCGCAGCUGCUGAGCUUCACUGCUUUGGGAAAAAAGAGAAAUCCAAAAAGGAGAAAUGGGUCGUGACCAGGAGGAGGAGGAGACACCACCGGCAACCCCAACGACCACCGCAAGUGCCGCCAGAAAAGACCAAGAAGAGGAGACUUGGAAUCACCAGAAACAAAUCCUUAUUCUGGAACUCUCUGAGAAACUCAUAACUGGAGAUCUUCAGGCCAAGAUUGAAGCUGCUAGAGAUAUAAGAAAAGUUGUUAGGAAAUCAUCUGUUAAGACACGUUCAAAGUUUGCUUCUGCCGGUGUUAUUCAGCCUCUAGUUUUUAUGCUCUUGUCUCCUAAUCUUGAUGCACGUGAAGCCUCCCUUCUUGCUCUCCUUAACCUUGCUGUUAGAAAUGAAAGAAACAAGGUCAAUAUCGUGACAGCAGGGGCUGUCCCUCCUCUUGUUGAGCUUCUCAAAUUGCAAAACAGUGGUUUGAGAGAGCUAGCCACAGCAGCAAUAUUAACACUCUCGGCUGCUGCACCUAACAAACCAACAAUUGCAGCCUCUGGAGCUGCACCCCUUCUGGUUCAAAUCCUUAGCUUGGGCAGUGUUCAAGGAAGAGUCGAUGCUGUCACUGCCUUACACAAUCUAUCUACCUGCAAAGAGAACUCAACACCUAUUCUCGAUGCCAAAGCCGUUUCCCCACUUAUCAACCUCCUGAAAGAAUGCAAGAAAUAUUCCAAGUUUGCUGAAAAAGCAACUGCCCUGCUUGAAAUCCUUUCUAUGUCCGAAGAAGGGCGAGUUGCGAUCUGUGAUUCAGAUGGUGGGAUUUUAACCCUCGUGGAGACUGUCGAAGAUGGCUCUCUUAUCAGCACGCAGCAUGCUGUUGGAGCUUUGCUUUCUUUGUGCCAGAGCUGCCGAGAAAAAUAUCGGGAACUCAUUCUUAAAGAAGGUGCAAUCCCUGGGCUUUUACGACUGACUGUAGAAGGCACAAGCAUAGCUCAAGAAAGAGCUCGGACUCUCUUGGAUUUGCUCAGAGAUUCACCUCAGGAAAAGAAAUUGGCUUCCUCAGUUCUGGAGAAAAUCGUGUAUGAUAUUGCUACCCGUGCCGAUGGAGCUGAUAAAGCCGCUGAAACUGCCAAGAGGUUACUGGAAGAUAUGGUUCAAAGAAGCAUGGAACUCAGCAUGAACCGCAUCCAACAUAGGGCUGCAUCUUGCACACCUGCCAAAGUUCCAUCUGCAUGAUGCUUGCCUUCUACGCGGGAAGCAGGUAUGCCUGUUAAACUUUGUGUCUAUUCUAUAUCACCAUCCUAGACAGUGAGAAUCAAUAGACUAAAAAUCAUGGGUUAGCUUUUACUCGACGUUUUUACCUUCCAGAGGUGCUAUUUACUACCUCGAGGGUGUGACUGUACAUCUUGACCCGACCCUCGUGUAUAUAUAUAAUUAAAAAAGAAAAGAACCUUCUCUGUUAUAAUACAUGUACAUUUCCACUGAUGAAAUCAUAGGAGAGGGUGCACUGAAUCAAGGUUGUGCUUUUCUUGAUGUACUACAUUUUCCCUGAUCAUAAUAAACUUAGUUUCACUCA